AUGCCCUCCCACCCUCUCCUGGUGGCCGCUCUGGCUGGCGGCCUGAGCGUGUCGGGCCUCAUCUUGGCUCUGCGGUGGCGGCGCUUCGAACAGUUCUUGAGGUCGGAAGAGGCACGGGUUGCACAGAUCGCGGGACAGAGCCCAGCGCCCUCCGAGCGAGCGGCAGAGCUUGCGGAGCUGAUGGCCGCCCUCCCCGCCCCCGUCCGCCGCUUCUUCGAGCGCUCCUUGGGCGAGGAGUACGCGCAGUUCAGGAUGUGGGUGGCCCGCGGCUCGGGCGGCCUGCGCUUUGAUGGCGGCGACGGCUGGAAGGACCUCGCCUCCACCACACACGGCGCGGUGGGCGCGCCCGCGCUCUGCUACACCGGGAGCCUGUCGCUGGGCCUGGGCGGGCUGCUGUGGUGCCGGGGCCGUGAGGCGCUGCUGGACGGGCGGGGUGCCAUGGCGUGGCGGCUGUGGGGCGCGCUGACGCUGGCCUGCCACGAGGGCGGCCGCCUCGACCAGUCUGCCCUGCUGCGCUGGCUGGCAGAGGCGGUCUGUUACCCGCCCGCUCUGCUGCCCUCCGCCCACCUUCGCUGGCUGCCUUCCGAGUCGGAUCCGGAGCACAGCGCCGAGGCGGUGGUGACCUGCAGGGGCAGCACCGCCCGCGCCACGCUGACCUUUGACGGCGAGGGCCGCUUUGUAGAGCUUUUGUCUGGAGACUAUUGGCGGGUGAUGCCGGAUGGCGGCAUGGCGCGCACGCAGUGGCGCGCGCGCGGCUCGCGGCACCGGCGCUUCGGGCUGGGAGGCGGCGGCGCCGCUGCGGGCGUGGAGAUACCCACCUAUCUAGAGGCUGCCUGGCUGGAGCCAGAUGGCAGCGAGUACACCCACAUACGCUUCAACGUGACGGAGCUGCGCGGGGUCUAG